CUGUUUCUCUGUUUCACAGCCUUCACUGACAAACACAGAUCCUUUCACGUAUUAAGCCGCCAGGUCCGGCCUGAUCAUGGAGUCCAUGCUGAACAAGCUGAAGAGCACCGUUACCAAGGUAACGGCAGACGUUACCAGCGCCGUCAUGGGAAACCCGGUGACGCGAGAGUUUGAGGUCGGGCGACACAUCGCGAGUGGAGGUCCCGGGUUGUGCUGGAGGAUCUACAACGGCACCAAGAAGUCCACCAAACAGGAAGUGGCCGUGUUUGUUUUUGACAAGAAGACGGUUGACAAGUAUCAGAAAUUUGAGAAGGACCAGAUCGUUGAUUCCCUGAAGAAAGGAGUGCAACAGCUGACGAGAUUGCGUCACCCCCGUCUGUUGACGGUGCAGCAUCCGCUGGAAGAGUCACGAGACUGCCUGGCCUUCUGCACGGAGCCCGUGUUCGCCAGUCUGUCCAACGUGCUGGGCCAGUGGGACAACCUGCCGAGCCCCGUGCCCGGAGACAUCAAGGAGUACAAACUCUACGACGUGGAGACCAAGUACGGCCUGUUACAGAUCUCGGAGGGCUUGUCCUUCCUCCACAGUGGGGUUAAAAUGGUUCAUGGAAACUUGAGUCCAGAGAAUAUCAUUCUCAACAAGAGUGGAGCCUGGAAGAUCAUGGGCUUCGACUUCAGCAUCUCUUCUAAUAACCCGUCAGAUGCUGAGUUGAAGUACUCGUGUAAGGAGUGGGAGCCCAACCUUCCUCCCCUGUGCCUGCCCAACCCCGAGUACCUGGCCCCCGAGUACAUCCUGUCUGUCAGCUGCGACUCGGCCUCAGACAUGUACUCUCUGGGAGUCGUCAUGCACGCCGUGUUCAACGAGGGCAAGCCCGUCUUCAAGGUCAACAAGCACGACAUCUUUAAGAGUUUCAGCCGCCAGCUGGACCAGCUGAGCAGCAUGAAUCCAGCGAUGCUGAGGAAAAUCCCUGAGGAAGUGCGGGAGCACGUCAAGAUGCUGCUGAGUGUCACCCCGACGGUUCGCCCGGACGCCGACCAGAUGACUAAGAUCCCAUUCUUUGACGACGUUGGUGCGGUGACGCUGCAGUACUUCGACUCCCUCUUCCAAAGGGACAACCUGCAGAAGUCCCAGUUCUACAAAGGUCUCCCCAAAGUUCUACCCAAGCUACCAAAGAGAGUGGUGGUGUAUCGCAUCCUGCCAGCGUUGACGUCGGAGUUCGUGAACCCAGACAUGGUUCCGUUCGUGCUGCCCAACGUGCUGCUGAUUGCAGAGGAAUGCACCAAGGACGAGUACAUCCGCCUGAUCCUGCCCGACCUCACGCCCGUCUUCAAGCAGCAGGAGCCCAUCCAGGCUAGUAACAUGAUCUUGCUGAUAUUCCUGCAAAAGAUGGACCUGCUCCUGACCAAAACCCCCUCAGAAGACAUCAAGAACUGCGUGCUGCCCAUGGUGUACCGAGCUCUGGAGGCGCCGUCAGUGCAGAUCCAGGAGUUGUGUCUGAACAUCAUCCCCACGUUUGCAAACCUGAUCGACUACCCGUCCAUGAAGAAUUCCCUCAUCCCCCGGAUCAAAUCAGCCUGCCUGCAGACGUCCUCCCUCGCUGUGCGAGUGAACUCUCUGGUUUGUCUGGGGAAGAUUCUGGAAUAUCUAGACAAGUGGUUUGUGAUUGACGAGAUCCUGCCCUUCCUGCAGCAGAUUCCCUCCCGGGAACCAGCCGUGCUCAUGGGCAUUUUAGGAAUCUAUAAGUGCACCUUCAGCCACAAGAAACUGGGCAUUCCUAAAGAACACCUGGCGUCCAAAAGUUUACCCCACCUGGUUUCUCUCAGUAUCGACAACAACCUCAAUCUCAACCAGUUCAACUCGUUCAUGAUGGUUAUCCGGGACAUGCUGAGCCGCAUGGAGGCCGAACACAAGACCAAACUGGAGCAGCUGCACGUCAUGCAGGAGCAGCAGAGGAGUCUGAAUAUCACAAAUCCAGGCAGCCAAUCAGACGAGGCCAAGAGCCCCCCGAGCUCCCGUAACCAGAUUGACGACAUCUUUGGCAGCGCAGACGUUAAUGGGAAAGAGAACGGAUCUGCAGCAGCGAGCUCUCAGCCCAACAGGAUGUCCCUGACUCUUGAGGAGAAACAGAGAUUGGCUAAAGAGCAGGAGCAGGCGGCGAAGCUGAGGAGCCAGCAGCCGCUGGCGCCGCAGACGGUGAAACCUUCCAACAACGCCGGCGCACAGACCAAGGACCUGACCAGUUCCCUCCUCACCAACAUGACGUCUCUGAACUCUCUGUCUCUGUCCUCGGCGUCUCACGGCUCCACCAUGUCCUUCCCCUCCUCCGGCCCCGCCCUCGGCCCCAUGGGGGCCCCGGUCUCCAACGGCUUCCCCCCGGCCCUGGGCUUCCAGACGGGGGGGAUGAUCCGGCCCGCGGGCCCCAGCCUGUACGGGGGCAUGGCCACGGCCACCAGCACCCCCAACUUCAGCGCCCUGGCCCAGAACCAGAACCAGGGGCCGAACAAAGGCCCGGACAUGUCGGCGCUGGACUCCCUGUUCACGCCCAGCAAGCCCAGAGUCAGUCUCAACCAGAUGGGACCUGGAGGCAACACCGGCGCCUGGAUGGGUCAGUUCUCUCCGGCGCAGAACGCUCAGACUCAGAUCGGCAUGGCGGCGCCGCCCGGCGGGUUUGGGAUGCAAGGAAAUCCUUUUUUCAGCCCGCAGAACUUCUCCCAACCCGUCGCCCCCGGCGCUAACCCAGGCGGAGUGAAACACAGCGCGUCUGCAAACAAUGACCUGAAAGACUUAUUUGGCUAAAUCACGGAAUGGGAAUGGAAAAAAAAGAUGGGGUUAAGUUUAUUCUUUUAAUGACUGAAGACGGAGGAGCUUUGAAUUCUCACAGAACAAGAUUGUGGACGACAUUCAAUGGUCUUUUCUGUUUGUGUUUUUAAUCUCGCUUGGAUUCAAAGUCUGAUUUAUUCUCACAUUCUGCUGCAAAUUAAAGCUGCGCCCGUAUUUCCAUUUGUACUCGUGCAGAAGGACAAACGUGGGAACUUCUUCUUCUUCUUACAUGCUGUGGUCUUUAAAUGCUGGGGGUUUCCUAAUGUUUUGUACUUGAGAUGAAUUCUGACUUCUGGCUUCUUUAGAAAGGUGAAUGUUUGAGUGGGUUUUCUUGCAUUUUUAGUUCACAAACACGGCACCGAGGCGUCUCUUUAGAGUAAUUUUGCUUCCACGCGUCACGUCUCCUGCACCUUUACCGCUUCUCCACGUUGUUUUUAGAGUCUUUUGCACGCGUAGUGACGAGUGCAGCGUCCAGAAUCCAGACGACUGCAGUUGCUCGUCUUUCAUCCAGACGGUUCCUGGAAACAGAUCAAACACUGAUGGAGAAGAAAUGGCAGCCCAGUUUUUGUUCCAGUUCAGACGGAGCAAAACCGUGCAGCCUCUCUGCAGCCGGUCUCCAUGGCAACCGCCUCUGCAACAUUGCUAACAUCCUUUUUUUGUGGGAACAUUUUGGUCUUACAACCAUGUAGCUCCUAUAAUGUAAUAAUGUCCUGAAAAUUUAAUAAAAUUUGCAUUUAACUCAAUUGAAAAUGUAAUA